AGCAGCUGCGCAGACUUGGAAAGGAAAGGCAGUGUUCGUUCUGGCGCACCUGUGCUUUGAAUUGAAAGCAAAUAUUGUGCCACAGGUCUGAAACCUUUCUCCACCCUUACGAAUUCCUUGUUUGUGUUGAAAGCCACUGCUUUCAGGACGCUCCUUUAUAUGGGAACCACAUGUCAGCUCAGAGCUAGCUUUAUGACAGAUGUGUAGAUCAGCUCGUUAGUCUCAUUUCCUAAAGUACUGGCUGGAGCGGGUGGUGGCUCCCAGUGGUCCCCACCUUUCUCCUGGAGUUGGCUAGAGCCUCAUCCUCAGCGCACAGUCAAGCCGCAGAAUCGCGCAGCUGUAACCUGGCCUGUGCACCUCCCCUCGUAGGUGUGUAAAUACUCCUGCGCUCUGGUAACAAAGUAUAAGUCUGACUUCAUGAGAUAUCUGCAAAACAGCCCAAUUCCCAUGUCUUUGACCUAUACCAAAAGUCUAGGGCCCCCAUAGCAUACAAAAAUUUAUUAGAGCUAAACAUUCCGUUUUGAUGCUUUGGAAUCAGGCAGACUGGAGUGAGGGUCCCUGGACAGCUCGGGCUUUCAAAGUUCUCUCCUCACUGUGUCCAUCGAGGCCAGUAACCAAGGAGAGGUGAGCCCCACUUGGUCGUGGCCGGAGAUGAAGGAGCGCGCCUGCUGAAGCAGGUCUCAGCUCCGCCAGCCUGCGCUGGGCACACGGAGCUUCUCUAAGAACCCAGGCACCCCAGCUAUCGCCGGUCACAGAGCGAUGGAGUAGAGGGUGAGUGGGCCCAGACAGCCCCAUCUACCGACUCACGGGGCCCAGAAAUGCCAGGCACGAGAAACAGAAGACCCGAGCCGCUAGGCUCCGCCCACGGCUGGCUCCGCCCCCCGGAGGCUCCACAUCCGGCGCGGGUCGGCUGUUCAGAGCCCGACACCAUGGCGCUGUGCGAGCGGGUUGCUGGCGGGAGCUCUCUGCUCUGGCCUCGCGUGUUGCUUUUCGGGGACUCCAUCACCCAGUUUUCUUUCCAGCCGGGUGGAUGGGGCGCAUUGCUGGCUGACCGGCUUGUCAGAAAAUGUGACGUUCUGAAUCGUGGAUUUUCAGGUUACAAUACCAGAUGGGCCAAGAUUAUCCUCCCAAGACUAAUUAGGAAGGAGAACAGUGUGGAAACCCCAGUGGCAGUUACCAUCUUCUUCGGUGCCAACGACUCCUCUCUCAAAGGUGAGAACCCCAAGCAGCACGUCCCACUGGAUGAGUACAGAGCGAACUUGCGGAACAUGGUGCAGUACCUGACGUCUGUGGGCAUCCCCCAGGAGCGAGUCAUCCUCAUCACCCCGCCCCCGCUGCACGAAGCAGCCUGGGAGAAGGAAUGCAUCCUGAAAGGGUGCAAACUAAAUCGCCUGAACGCAGUUGUGGGUGAAUAUGCUAAUGCAUGUCUACAAGCAGCCAGAGACUGUGGGACGGAUGUCCUCGACCUGUGGACCCUGAUGCAGAAGGACAACCAGGACUUCUCAUCCUAUCUAUCAGAUGGCCUGCAUUUAUCACCAGUGGGAAACGAGUUUCUGUUCUUAAACCUCUGGCCGCUGCUGGACAAGAAACUCUCCUCUCUGCCAUGGCUGCUUCCCUACUGGAAGGACGUGGAGGAAGCAAAGCCCGAGCUGAGUCUGCUGGGGGACGGAGACCAUUAGUCGGCCUGGGAUACCUUCCCAGUUGGUAACUCACAAACAUCUAGAAGCUAAUUAAACAUUUUUUCAAGAUUAACAUCUUUAUAUGCACUGGUGUUUUGCCUGCAUGUAUAUCUGUGUGAGGAUGCCAGAUCCCCUGGAACUGGAGUUAGACAGUUGUGAGCUGCCAUGUGGGUGCUGGGAACUGAACCUGGAUCCUAUGGAAGAGCAGGCAGUGCUUUAACCACAAGGCCAUCUCUCCAGCCCCCUACCCCAUUCAUGACUUUUGAUCAAAAAACCCAUUAAAGUUUGGCAGUGUAAAU